AUGGAGAGUGAGUGCCGAAGGAAGUGGAAGGCGAGGUUUGCCCUCAGGCGAGACAUCUUGAAGGAGUUCCUGGCGGAGUUUCUGGGGAUAUUUGUCCUGAUAUUCUUUGGUUGCGGUUCAGUGGCCCAGGCUGUCCUAAGCAAGGGGACCCUGGGGGAGCCCCUGACCAUCCACCUUGGCUUCACUCUGGGACUUAUGAUGGCUGCCUACAUUGCAGGAGGGGUUUCAGGAGCCCACGUGAAUCCUGCAGUCACCUUGGCAAUGGUGAUGCUGGGCAAGACAUCCUGGAAGAAAUUUCCCGUGUAUGUGGCCGCGCAGUUUUUGGGGGCUUUUGCUGGGGCCUGCUGUGUCUAUAUGGUGAAUUAUGACGCUUUAAUGGAAUUUAGCAACGGAGAAUUUAUCGUUACCGGCGAAAAUGCCACAGCUGGCAUAUUUGCCUCUUAUCCAGCAAAGCACCUCUCCACGCUCAAUGGAUUUCUCGACCAGGUGGCAGGAAGUGCUGCGUUGAUCCUGUGCAUCCUGGCCAUAACUGACUCGCAGAAUAUUGGCGCCCCAAAAGGCAUGGAGCCUUUGUGCAUCGGCGUGAUCAUCCUCGCUAUUGGCGUGUCCAUGGGGUUGAACUGUGGCUAUCCCAUCAAUCCUGCGCGAGACCUCAGCCCGCGACUCUUCACUGCCGUUGCUGGAUGGGGAGGGGAUGUCUUCAGAGCCGGAGGGUGCUGGUGGUGGAUCCCUGUUUUUGGACCCAUGGUUGGCGGUGCAGUGGGCGCUGCCAUUUACUUUCUCUUUAUCGAGCUGCACCAUGCCGAACCCAAACAGCAGGAAGAAAACAAUGGCCAGCAAAAGUAUGAAAUUGUAACUCUGACUUAG